GGAAGAAGAAGAGGAUAAGGGAGGUGGAAUUGGAAGGGGGGAGAGGAACAGGGCAAGUUGAGGUCGGAGUGGAGCCACCGAAUACAAAACCUUGCACUCUCGAUGGGAAUUCUCAGAUCUCUAGGAUCUUGGAACUUUAAACUCGAUUCUUGAGUGUUUCUCGACAAAAGUCCCUUCUUUUUACUGUUUGUUUUAUCCUAGACUCUGCUUUGUUCCUUUCAUAUUACUUAAAUCGGGCCAUUGGCCUGUUUCCGACUGGGAAUUCGCAUGACAGUGAAUUGGGCACCUGAAGAUGCCGUUCAAGAAGCAGCCUUUAGUAGGAUUGAGUUCUUGUUGGGUGACGGAAGUCUUGCUUGAUGGGAGUCCAUCCAGAGACCCUUUUCCAGAAAGUGGUCAUUUAAUGUGAAAAAAUGGCUCUUUUUGAGUUUUUCAUGAGUGGGGACUGCUUGACUAGAUGUUGAACACUGCAAGUGUUGUGUACUGGUGAGGAGAAUGGAAAGGAUGAAAUCUGUGUUGUGGGGAUUGAGUUUGCUGGUUUUGGCAUGGUUGGGGAGUUCCUCUGCCUCUCUUUCUCCUUCUGGUAUAAACUAUGAAGUUGUCGCUUUAAUGACCAUAAAAGCUGCACUUCGUGACCCGUACAAUGUUCUGGAGAGCUGGGAUAGGACCUCUGUAGAUCCUUGUGGAUGGAGGAUGGUGACAUGCACGCCAGACGGCUCUGUGUCUUCUCUGGGACUUCCUAGUCAGAGCUUGUCCGGGACUUUAUCUCCGGCAAUGGAGAAUCUUACUAACUUGGAGUCUGUGUUGCUGCAGAAUAACAAUAUUUCAGGUCCAAUUCCUGCUUCUAUUGGGAUGCUGGAGAAGCUACAAAGACUUGAUAUCUCCAACAAUAUGUUCAGUGGAGAAAUACCGAGUUCUCUGGGUUCCCUGAAGGAACUGAAUUAUCUGCGCUUGAACAAUAACAGUCUCAGUGGACCCUGCCCUGAAUCAUUGUCUAACAUUAAAGGCCUCACCCUAUUAGACCUCUCAUACAACAAUUUAAGUGGGCCUCUGCCGAAUAUAUCAGCAAGGACUUUCAUCAGAAUCACUGGUAACCCUUUGAUUUGUGGACACAAGGGCGAUGCUAAUUGUAAUACCGUCCUUCCUGAGCCACUUUCUCUUCCUCCAGAUGCUCUAAAAGAUCGACCAGCCUCUGGAAUAAGAAGUCAUCGUGUGGUAAUUGCUUUUGGUGCAAGCUUUGGAAGUGCCUUCUUUGUCAUCAUCUUCGUUGGGAUUUUUGUACGGCGGUGGUAUAAACACAGACAACAAAUUUUCUUUGAAGCAAAUGAUCAAUGUGACCCAGAGAUAUUCAUGGGCCAUUUGAGAAGAUACCCUUUUAAGGAGCUUUGGGCUGCAACCGAUCAUUUCAACUCAAAGAAUAUUUUAGGCAGAGGUGGAUUUGGAAUUGUAUACAAGGGACGCUUGAAGGACGAGACUCUGGUGGCUGUCAAAAGGCUUAAGGACUACUAUACAUCUGGUGGUGAAAUCCAGUUCCAAACGGAAGUUGAGAUGAUAAGCUUGGCCGUACACCGAAAUCUUCUCAGGCUUUCCGGCUUCUGUUCUACUGAACAUGAACGUCUUCUUGUCUACCCUUAUAUGCCAAAUGGAAGUGUGGCAUCUCGCUUAAGGGAUCACAUUCAUGGGAAGCCGGCUCUUGACUGGUCGAGGCGAAGGAGGAUAGCUUUAGGUACGGCGAGGGGGCUGCUAUAUUUGCAUGAGCAAUGUGAGCCCAAAAUUAUUCAUAGGGAUGUAAAAGCAGCAAAUAUCUUGCUGGAUGAAGAUUUUGAGGCUAUUGUGGGGGAUUUUGGGCUGGCGAAACUUUUGGAUCACAAAGAUUCCCACGUCACCACCGCAGUGCGUGGUACAGUCGGCCACAUUGCACCAGAGUACUUAUCAACCGGUCAGUCAUCAGAAAAAACAGAUGUUUUUGGGUACGGUAUUUUGCUCCUCGAACUGAUUACCGGUCAGAGAGCCCUGGAUUUUGGACGCAUACCCAAUCAAAAAGGCGUAAUGCUUGAUUGGGUAAUUAAGCUCUAUGAGGAUGGAAAGCUGAACCAAAUGGUAGAUAAGAAUUUGCGGGAUAAUUUCAACAGGCUCGAGUUAGAAUUAAUGGUUAAAGUUGCUUUGUUAUGUACAAAAGUUAAUCCCCUGCAGCGGCCAAAAAUGUCCGAGGUACUAAAGAUGUUCGAGGAUGAUGGCUUGGCUGAUAACCAAGAUGCCUCCCAAAGGGCUGAGACACCACGGUGCCUAUCCGGUUCAAGUCCUCCUCAUAGAUAUGCAGAUUUCAUAGAAGAAUAUUCACUCGUAGAAGCGAUGGAGCUUUCCGGUCCUAGAUGACAGUAUUUUGUAUAAUAUGCUUUUCCAUUGUCAAGUUGUAGCCUGUGAAAUGCAAAUAAUGCUGUUGAUAUCUUUCUUUGCUUGCAUAAUGUAAAAAGGUGAGAGAAACUGAGCGUGUGACCUCUUUUUGCUCGAGAAAAAAGAAAUUAAGAUGAAUGGAUUCCCUACUUGUUCCUCGCA